AUGCCACGGAUAAUAUUCGAGUUCAUAAAUAGCUCAAUAAUUGAUUGCUCCUCAGUGAAAAUCGAUGUGGUUCUAACAUAUUGCCAUGGAUCCAUGAACGACAACUCAAUUGGAGAAUUCACAUAUUUCUUCCAGAAUAAGGGUGUUGGUAUUCUCAAUGGUUCUCCACUCUCGAUGGGCCUUCUGACAGAACGAGGACCCCCACCAUGGCAUCCUGCUCCAAAUUUCAUCAAGGAAGCAACCUUGGCGGCCACUCACUAUUGUAUGUCCAAGAACAUGUCGAUUUCGAAGCUGGCAUUGGCGUACGCUUUCGAAUUGCCAGGGAUCGCUUCAUGCGUCGUUGGAAUGGACAGCAUUGUACAGGUUCGAGACAACAUAGAGCUAUGUACGGCAUCUGCUCCUCUAAGCGAACUAGAACUACGAGUACGAGAUCGGCUAAUGAGGAGGUACUUCGACCGCCUUGAAAACGCAGGUUGGAGUGAAAUAGAUGUCACUGCAUACUGGAAGCGAUUGAAGAAGUUGGGACUAACAGCGCUGGCAACACAUAGGCACUCUUCCGUCGAAAGCCUUUCGAGCACUCUCAACGGGUUGUCGAUGCAGUCGUCGCCAAGCAGCAGCUCCGAGCUAAGAACAUCGAGAAGAGGUAGAAGAUUGUAG